AUGGCGGUGCCUUCCUUGACAAACUUAAAAAAAUGGUUUAUCAUCGAUGUAGUCAUACACAAAAACACCACGUCAAAACAAACACGUCAGAUAGCAAAACGCGAUAUGCCAUUGAGAGAUUACCAGGCUCACUUAGAAAGGAUAGGUGACUUUCUGGUAUGUGGCAUUGGUGUUUGGUGGCAUGGGGAGAAUGGAAAAUUUGUAUUCCAUGAUGGCGAGAAGGACGAUGAUUUUAAAAGGGAGGGUCCUGAAAUGACAAAUUUUAAAACACACAACUUUCAAUUAGUCGCGAAUGAAGUGCAAGCCUGUUGGAAAAGGUGUAUUACAGAAGACAUUGAUUUGCCUAUCACAAAAAUAAAUAUUUAUAACAGGGACGGUGAUUUUGAAAAUUGCAAGGUCAUUCAUAAUGAUGAGUUAACACUACUUAAUACUGAUGAUAAUAUUCAAACUGAAGAGGAUGAAAACACUGUGAUUGAUAUAUCAAUGGAGCAGCAACCUGGUUUUCUGAAUAUGGCAGAUGAAAAAAAUGAUUUUGACAGCAAAGGUCAUCACAUGGAAAAGAAAGUUGACAAGCAAGUCAUGCAGGUUGAACAAGAAAUUCCGUUGGAAUCAGAAAUUGCACGAAAGUUAAAGUUUGUCAUUGGAUAUUGUGAUAAAUUGAAAGAAUUCGACUAUCAUCAUAGUGUAUGCAAAGACACGAAACGUGAAUAUUCUAGAAAAAAGUGUAAAGUGUUGAUUACACAUUUUCGAAAGUUAGUUUUAGAUGCCGAAAGUGAAGCAGAAACCUUUAUAAAACAAUGGGAGAAAGAAUUUGUUAUAAAGAAUUCCAGAGUACCAAACAUCAAAGACUUAAAGACAAAUGAUAAUUAUAUGAAAAAGUAUAAAGUUGCAUAUGUUGGUAAAAAAAUACUUUGCCAGUGGAAAGAUACUUAA